AUGUCUGUGGUCUUCUCUCGCAGGUUGCCAGUGGUGAGUGAAUGCUCGCCCCAGCGAGCCAGCUCAAACAGCAGUGGGACGGCCUCAGCGGCCAGCUCUGGCAGCACAGCUGGGAUGGCCGUAUCUCGCGUGCCCUCGCCCCCUCCACCAGAGGUCAAUACGCCCGUCGCCGAGAACUGGUGCUACACUCAGGUUAAGGUGGUGAAAUUCAGUUACAUGUGGACCAUCAAUAACUUCAGCUUCUGUCGUGAGGAAAUGGGUGAAGUCCUGAAGUCAUCCACGUUCUCUGCUGGGGCCAACGAUAAGCUUAAAUGGUGUUUGCGAGUGAAUCCGAAAGGUCUUGAUGAAGAAAGCAAAGACUACCUCUCAUUGUACCUGCUUCUAGUCUCAUGCAACAAGUCAGAAGUCAGGGCAAAGUUCAAAUUCUCAAUACUUAAUGCCAAAAGAGAAGAAACCAAAGCUAUGGAGAGCCAGCGUGCAUAUCGGUUUGUGCAAGGCAAAGACUGGGGCUUCAAGAAAUUCAUCCGGCGAGACUUCCUGUUGGAUGAAGCGAAUGGGCUGUUGCCCGAUGACAAGCUCACAAUAUUUUGUGAGGUGAGCGUAGUAGCUGAUAGUGUCAACAUCUCUGGGCAGUCUAAUGCGAUACAAUUCAAAGUGCCAGAGUGCCGCCUGUCAGAUGACCUUGGUCUGCUGUUUGAGAACCAGAAGUUCAGUGAUGUGACUUUGUCAGUCAGCGGACGGGAGUUCCAGGCUCACAAAGCGAUACUUGCAGCUCGGAGUCCCGUGUUUGCAGCCAUGUUUGAGCAUGAGAUGGAAGAACGAAAACACAACCGGGUAGAGAUAACAGACGUAGAUCACGAGGUUCUGCGCGAGAUGCUGCGUUUUAUAUAUACUGGCAAAGCAGCAAACCUUGAAAAGAUGGCCGAUGACUUGCUCGCCGCUGCUGACAAGUAUGCGCUGGAAAGGUUAAAAGUCAUGUGUGAAGAGGCUCUAUGCACAAACCUGUCAAUAGAGAAUGCAGCAGACAUCUUGAUCCUGGCAGACCUGCAUAGCGCUGACCAGCUAAAGGCGCAGUCAAUUGACUUCAUUAAUACGCAUGCUACGGAUGUGAUGGAGACUUCUGGUUGGAAGUCGAUGAUACAAUCCCACCCUCACCUUAUUGCAGAGGCAUUCAGAGCACUGGCUACUCAGCAGAUCCCCCCCAUUGGCCCACCUCGCAAACGUAUCAAGCAGAGCUGAAAGCAGCCGUCGCCUCCCCCGUCAGCCAUCACCACGUCUUGAUUCGUGAGGCUACGAUUUAGUCAUGGGUAUCGUAUGGUAGGGUCGGCAUAAACUGUAUUUGUCGAUGGCCGCUGCGCAGUGAAAUGUAGGAACUGUCAGACUGGUGUUGUGCUACUCAACAUACUACGCAAACUUUUUUAUGUGGUUUUGUUUAGCUGCAGAGGCAGUUGGUAAACAAUGUUCAUAUCCAUCGCCCUGCCAUCGUGUGUCAUUUAUAAUCAUUAUUAUAAUAAAUUGUGUGUUCAAUCAUCAGUCUUGCAUCGCAGAUCUCUUAGUGGCAAGAGAGGAGAAGUCGUGCUUUAGGUGUUCUCUGCUGAUCCAAAUAAUUGCAUCUUGUUUGUGUUGUGCCAGUUUCCUGUUGUUGGGGAACUGCAUUAAGUUUUAUUAGGUUAUGUUGUGAUACAUCAAAUUUGAGUUUAAGUUUGCAUUUAACUUGUGGAAAAGGAAAUCACAAUUUGAAGGAUUUCUUCUUUAAAUUCAAAUGUAAUACUUUCUCACUAUAUAUUUUGUUGUUCGUUACAUUAAUACUUGUUUUGAAAUUUGUGUUUUAUUUAGCAGGAUUCUGGCACUGUGUUGGAUAUUCAUUCAGUAUUUGGUUGGCUACGUUCAUGGUGGGUAACAUGAAUCAUUGUAUUGCCCCAAGGUGAGGUGCGUGAACUUACACAGUUAUUGACCAGAAUUCAGUAUGAAAUUAAAAGGAGAGUUUUUAUGAUAUCGUGAUUGUAGAUAAUGAAUGAACUUGUAAGGCAGUGGAUCUUAUUAGGAUAAUGUACCCAUAAUCACAGUCUCCUUAUAUCUUCAACUUUUGUUUUUCCUAUCCAGUGCAGGUUUUAUGAGGUCAGUUAACGGUACAUCCGAGAAUGAUAUUGUUUUACAUUGAAUGUGAAUGAAUUCAAAUAUCGCUAGAGAAUAUGGUAACAACUGGAUGUUAAGUAGUAGAUACAUUUUAGCGUCAGAAUUGUUCAGAACUUAAAAAAUCGUAACUAUAAUGAGACUCUUGAUAUUAUAUAAAGUUAUGUAACGUUUUUGGUUGUAACUUGGGGAUGGAAGGUAUGUUCUGUCUGUGUUGAACUACAUAAUGUCUCGUAUGCAAAAGAAAGCAAAUGUCAUACAUUUUUCAUGAAAUAUGUAUCAGCGGCUGAAGCUCCGAAGCGUGUGGUAUGUAGUUUGUUUAGUCGUGUGUGUAGGUUGUACUCAGUAUCGCAAAUCUGAGGUGAAUGUUGCCUAGGACGCAUUGAUUCAAGGUUCAGAGACCCCUGUUUAAUUUUUUUAGCCUUCCACCACGCUACCUAAGAAGUGUGUUUUCCUUACGCAUUUCUCAUCUUGAAUUGUGCUUUUAUUAUCAGGUGUGAUUGACUUUGCGCCAUGUCCGACAUUUAUUUUCUUUUGUUUAUUCAGAGACAUUUUACAGUAGAGAAACAACCCUUUCAUAUUCAUAUGAAAAUUGUCGUGUAAGAGAGAAAGGUCAUUAUUUUAGACCAUUUAUUUGGUCUAUUCAGGGUAUACCACGUGUCGAAAGAACAUAUGAAAUGAUUAAAAGUGUUAAGGUACGUCUUCGUACUUCCUCCUUUUAUUAGUCGGCAGUUACUGGCAAAAAGAGAAUUGUAAAUUGUCGUAUGAUGUUUUAUUUGUUUGCGUAUCAUGGCAUGGAUAUAUUAUUGUGCAAUAACAUUCCAAUUCCUUGCAAGCAAAGAUUUUAAACUAGCUGAAGUAAACUCUGUUUUUCUCACCCUUGGGACAAUAAAUAUAAAAUGAAUUAAACUGCCAUACAUUAGCUUAAAAAAACUUCUAAGGGUUGAGUUAAACCAUGGAGACUGAGAUUGUGGAAUAAUACAUUGAUCAUGUGCACUCCAUUUUUGUUGUGAAUGUACAAGCUCUGGUUUGCUGGAGCAGAGAUCAUGUAACAUAUUAUCAUUUAGUUUGUAUUUGGAAUUGAACUGUGUUAAUUUUUAUAAUUUAUUAUUGUGUUCAUUAGUUGAGAAUUGAGUCAUUCAGGUGUCAGUACACAUCAGAACACAUUCCCUUGAAUCAUGUUUGACCCAAAGAAAGUAGGAGCGGGAGCAGCUGUCAGCGUCUUCUGCAGUCCGUGUUUGCCAUACUUCAUAUAAACCGUAAUAAAAUGACAGUCAAAUUUUUUUAGACUUAGCCUCUUAAAAAGUUUAUAAAGAUUCUUAGAAAAAUACCUCGUGUGCAUUUGUGUUGUAAAUGUGGACUGUGGUCAUACCCACAUGAAAGUCUUACCAAUCCAAUAUUCCAAAAUGUACCUUGCAUACAAAUGUCAGGCUAGUAAAUAGAUAAACAGAGAUACAUAUCCACAGAACUCCUUCGCAUGUGAAUUCUGUCUCAGAAGAAACAGACUGAUUUCCACUGUCUUCUUCUUAAGAUGUUUCCACUCCGUGUAAGUCACCUUUGAAUUUAGGGUCCCUCUAGAGUGCUCCUCAUACAAAUUAAGAAGUUAAUGGUUAAUAUCGAUUGUAGGUAAUUUUGUCACAAUGCUACCCUUUAGGUACUGAUCCGUGAUUCUCGCCAAUUACGAAUCAUAUAAUGAGAACAACUGUCGUAGUAAAUUAGUGUUGUGUGAAACUCUUUCGGUACAUUUAUUUCAAA